AUGGUGAGACAAUACUGCAGAUGGGAGCCCCCCCAGCCAGGAACUUUCAAACUAAAUGUAGAUGGGGCUAUUUUCCAGAACCAACAAAGUGCAGGAAUUGGUGCUAUCCUAAGAGACAGUAAAGGUGAAGUUCUUAUGGCAGCUAGCAAAAGGGAAUCAGCAGUUGGUGAUGCAACAAGCAUUGAAAUGCUGGCAAUCCUCAGGGGCCUACAGCUAACACUUCAUUUGGGUAUUCAGCAUCUUAUCAUUGAAAGUGAUGCCUUGACCUUAGUAAAAGAGAUGCAGAAGACAGAACCAUCGAUGACUCUAGUUGGUAAUGUAAUUAGGGAUACUAAGGAGCUUAUGAGCUGCUUCCGAGUGUGUGAUGUAAGAUAUACUAUGAGAUCUUGUAAUGAAGUAGCACAUAAACUUGCAAGGCAUGCUUGGCAAGUUACUGAUAUUAGUCUUUGGUGGGGGUCUGUCCCUGAUGUAAUUGUUCCAGCCCUAUGGGCGGAGAGGCAAUUGUAA